GCGUGUCAGGCUCGUUUCCGUCUCCACUCCGAUCAAUCAAAGCAAUAGAAAGCUUUAGAGCUGGAGAAGAGAGAAAGAGGGAGAUAAAACCCCCCAACACGGGCUUCCGAUCGACGAAUCGUAUGUAUUUGUGAUUAAGUCGUGAGAGAUUGAGAGAGAGAGGAGAUGGAAGCGCAGAGGAGGGCUGGGGCUCGGGGGUAGUUCAGCGUUGUGCGUUAGAAGGUUUCCUGGCAACUCCCGAGGAAGAAAGAAGAGAAGAGAAAGGGAAAAGUGGUGUGUGUGUUUUUUUUGUGUUUUUUUUUUUGGAGGAGGAGGAGAAGAGAAGCAGCCCCUGGUGUUGGAGACGCACUGAUGCGCACCGAGUCCUGUGUGUCCCCGGCUCUCUGCCAUGGGGGAAACUAAAGUCAUCUACCACCUGGACGAACAGGAGACUCCUUACCUGGUGAAGAUCUGUGUCCCUGCUGCAUCCGUCACUCUGGGAGACCUGAAAAAUGCCCUCAAAAAACCAAACUACAAGUUUUUCUUCAAGUCCAUGGACGACGACUUUGGGGUGGUCAAGGAGGAAAUCACAGACGACAACGCCAAACUGCCCUGCUACAACAGCCGGGUGGUGUGCUGGCUGGUGUCUGCUGACGGCUCACACUCGGAUGGAUGCUCUGUAGCAGAGAGUCAGUCGGAGCGACCGCCGUCAGGGGAGAGACCUCAGGGCAUCGGGGACUCCAGACCUCCAUCAUUUCAUCCUAAAGCUGCAGGCAGCCGACACGGUGUGGACGAUGAGACGGAGACGGACUCUGUGGUGUCUCACAGGAGGGAAAGAGACCGACCACGCAGGAAACAUUCACAUGAUCAUUCGGGUGCGAGGAUGAACGGUUAUUCCCGUGUGGGCAGAGGGAUGGAGCUCGGAGGCUACGACGUCUGUGACAGUCGCUCUUCCCUCAUGAGCAGUGAGCUGGAGUCCAGCAGCUGCUUUGACUCGGACGACGACGGAUCCACCAGCCGUUUCAGCAGCGUGACCGAGCAGAGCGGCUCUUCACGCAUAAUGAGGCGACACCGGCGGCGUAGAAGGAAACCCAAACCCCAUCACAUGGAGAGGUCUUCGUCCUUCAGCAGCAUCACAGACUCCACCAUGUCCCUGAACAUCAUCACAGUCACGCUAAACAUGGAAAAGUAUAACUUUCUGGGCAUCAGCAUCGUGGGUCAAAGUAACGAGCGAGGCGACGGCGGCAUCUACAUCGGCUCCAUCAUGAAGGGUGGAGCCGUGGCGGCUGACGGACGGAUCGAACCUGGUGACAUGCUGCUGCAGGUGAAUGAUAUAAACUUUGAGAACAUGUGCAACGACGAUGCGGUGCGGGUGCUGAGAGACAUCGUGCAUAAACCCGGACCUGUCUCUCUGACAGUGGCCAAGUGCUGGGAUCCAAACCCUAACAACUGCUUCACUCCCAGAAGUGAGCCCAUUCGUCCGAUCGACCCUGCAGCUUGGGUGUCUCACACAGCGGCCAUGACAGGGAUCUACCCUCCCUACGGCAUGAGUCCCUCCAUGAGCACAGUGACCUCCACCAGUUCCUCCAUCUCCAGCUCCAUCCCUGAGACUGAGAGGUUUGAUGACUACCACCUGUCAGUCCAUAGCGACAUGGCAACCGUUGCCAAGGCGAUGGCCUGCCCUGACUCUGGGUUGGAGGUUCGAGACAGGAUGUGGCUGAAGAUAACUAUAGCCAAUGCCUUCAUAGGUUCAGACGUGGUCGACUGGCUCUUCCAUCAUGUUGAGGGUUUUACAGACAGAAGGGAAGCUCGGAAAUUCGCCAGUAAUCUUCUGAAGGCCGGCUUCAUCCGCCACACCGUCAACAAGAUCACCUUCUCAGAGCAGUGCUACUACAUCUUCGGGGAUUUAUCCGGCAACAUGGCACACUUGUCCCUACAGGAAAAUGACGGUUCGAGCGGAGCGUCUGAUCAGGACACGCUCGCUCCUCUGCUUCACCCGGCCGAGGCUCCGUGGCCCAGUUUCCCGUAUCAGUAUCCGCCCUCGCUGCACGACGCACAUCACCAUCACUCUGAGCAGGGUGCAGGCAGUCAUCACAGUGAGGGAAGCAGCGCGUUGCCCUGCAGCUGGAGCAGGACAGAGGGAAAGACGACGGCGAUGGGGAUGAACGAUGUGACCGACACCCCAGAAUUUGACUUGCGUAGAGAGCGUGCGCCGAGCGAAGGCAGCAUUCGCAGCUCCCGCUCUCACUCUCACUCGUACAGCGGUGUGUCUGGGCCACGUCACCUCGCCCACGUGCCCUCUGAACUCUCGGGCUCACGCCGCUCCUGCCUCACUGCCAACGGAGAGCUGUUCGUCGACAUCAUGUGACCGCGGCCGGACGCUGAACUACAUUACGACCGCGUUUUCCUUUUAUUUUAUUAUUAUUUUUUAAUAAGCUGCAUUUUUUUAAAAUAACUGUAGAUUAAAAACCGUAACACAUGAAAACUAGGAUCGCUAUUUAAAUUCCGAUUAGCAUAAAAACAAAUGGAACUAACAGUAGAAUACAAGCUUUUUUUUUUUUUGUUACACUUUAUAAUAAUUUUUUACUUUUACAUCUAGGUAGCAGUCACACGUGCCGAUAAUCGCUCACACGACUCGCGUGAUCUCACGUUUCGGAUGUUUUUAAAUACAGUCACUCUUUGCUUCUUAUCAGAGUGCCGUUGUCUUUUGUGUGUCGAGUCAAUUUCAAGCCAUAUGAGUGAUAACAUUUUGCAAAACAGAGUAGGUUUUUAUACAAAAAUAAAAAAAAACAACCCACAAAAUCGUAAACGUGAAUGAUGGGAAAACUUCCUCUGUGAAAAGGAAUAAAACAGAUCUUUAAAGUCUAUUGUUUUUUGUUUUGUUUUUUUAAUUAGAUUUAGAGAUUUAUAUUUUUUUAAAUAAAGAAACACAAUUAACACAGUG